AUGAGUGACAUCCUACAUCUGUUUGUUACCACAUCCCAGCUGAUCGUGCUCACCCUGAGUAUUAUACAAUGUGGCGGCAAAAAGAGAAAGGAGUAUGCAGCCCAGUCAGUCCAGAAACCAGUCACAAUUCAGAAGAAACCAGUCAUCAGCUCUUCAUCGUCGCCCGGAAAGAAGAAUUCGAAUGAUGCACUGAAUGGAUCGGAUUCAGAUACUGCUAGGAAGAAGCUACAACAGCUACGCUCGAACUCCGCUGAUCAGCUUCCAAAGGAUGGAAGCAAGUCUGGAACUCAGAAGGGAUCGGACUCCAAGGAUAACAUACAAAAAGCAUCUGGCUCCAAAGACAACGAACAGAAGGAAGAAGAAGUCAAAGAAGUGAGUGCUGUGUCCAAAUCGGAAAAGAAAGACGUAAGUUCUGAUCAUAAUAUUCAACUUUUUUCCUAAUUUUGUUACCUAAAACUACAAAACUGGAGAAUUUCGAAAAAAAAGCGCAAAUUUUGAAUUAAAAUUUUAACCUUGCCUUUGGUACGUUAUAACGCAGGACUUACCGUUUAGUUUAACAUUAGGAGACAGGAAAAACAAUGGUUUUUGACAAUAUUUUGUCGAAACUUCACAAUAAUUUUAUUUUGGGUGCGGCUUGCGUCCUCGUAUAAAAUGUUUUUGCAAGUUGCGGCCUAACAAUUUUCUAAUUUUUAAUAAAAAAAUCCUUUGGAUUUCAUGGAAUAAACAUUAUCUUUGAUCUCUUAUAUGUUAAUUUCAGGCUGAUGACAAGAAUUUGCAAAAAGGACCACUAAUUCCGGACAAGAAUCCUAAAACCGACGAAAAAGAGCAGGUAACGGUUAUCAACUUCUUGUAUAUAAAUCUUAAGCUCUCUUCUAUACCUUUUUUAACUACUUCAUUAACUUUUUUAAAGUUUUAAGCGUUUUUACACUAUUUAAACUCUAAUAUAUCACUUUUGAUUUGAAGUUUGGAGCGGAAUCGCAUCCAUUAUAACGCAAUGAUAAUAUGUUUCAGUUGUCCGGAUGCAAAGCCGACUCCCAACACUCGCAAAUGUCCCAGAAAAGCAACAUAUCGGUCGACCAAAUGUAA